AAAAGAAAGAAGGAAGGCAUUAUUAGUUAUUAGGGUGUCCACCACAGCAAUUGGCAAAUUUGCAAAGAGAAGAAUCGAGCGACGCAAUAACCUCAUCCUUCUACUCACUGUUGUGUUUGUGUGUUUGUUUCACUGCGCUGAACUUUCCCUCUCUCUGUUCCCUCUCAGAGAGAGCGAAACGAAGCGACCAAGGUUAAAAAGCUAGCAGAAGUUCUUCAGUGUCAUAUAUUAUGGCAAUAACACCUCUUGGUAGUACAUCUGCUGCUCAAUGGGGAAUUCAUCCUCAGCUAUUUCUACGAUCCAGUAUCACUGGCAAGGUUGCAUCAUCCAGCCACAAUGUUACUGGGAGGGUAAGCUUUAUGGCUGCAGCAAGUUCAAGCUUUUUUUCUCGAGAUUCCACACUACUCAAUGUGGGUUCGUCUCAAACUUUUAAUCGUCGCAAGGGAUCAAGAUUGAUUGUCAGAGCAGAUGCAGAUUACUACUCAGUCCUUGGGGUUUCAAAAAAUGCUAGUAAAUCUGAAAUUAAGAGCGCUUAUCGGAAACUUGCCCGAAAUUAUCACCCAGAUGUCAACAAAGAACCAGGAGCUGAACAAAAAUUUAAGGAAAUUAGCAAUGCAUACGAGGUGUUAUCAGAUGAUGAAAAACGAUCUAUAUAUGACAGAUUUGGAGAGGCUGGGCUUAAAGGUUCUGGAAUGGGGAUGGGGCAGGAUUUCAGCAAUCCAUUUGAUCUGUUUGAAUCACUGUUUGAGGGCAUGAAUCGUGGAGCAGGUUCGAGAGGUUCUUGGAAUGGAGCAACUGAUGGUGAAGAUGAGUAUUACAGUCUUGUUUUGAACUUUAAAGAAGCAGUUUUUGGCAUAGAAAAAGAGAUAGAGAUAAGCCGAUUAGAGAGCUGUGGAACUUGCAACGGUUCUGGGGCUAAACCAGGGACUACACCAUCCAGAUGUAGCACUUGUGGAGGUCAAGGCCGGGUUGUCUCAUCAACAAGAACUCCAUUAGGCAUCUUCCAGCAGUCAAUGACAUGCUCUUCAUGCAAUGGGACUGGAGAAAUUUCAACACCUUGCAAUACAUGUUCCGGGGAUGGUCGGGUGAGGAAAUCAAAACGGAUAAGUCUGAAGGUCCCAGCUGGUGUGGACUCUGGAAGUCGUUUAAGGGUCCGAAAUGAGGGGAAUGCUGGAAGAAAAGGUGGUUCCCCUGGCGACCUCUUUGUUGUUAUUGAGGUUAUCCCAGAUCCUGUCCUUAAACGAGAUGACACCAACAUUUUAUGCACCUGCAAGGUUUCUUAUAUUGAUGCAAUCCUGGGGACUACAAUUAAGGUUCCUACUGUAGACGGAAUGGUGGAUUUAAAAAUUCCAGCUGGGACACAACCGAACACAACACUCGUUAUGGCUAAGAAAGGUGUUCCCUACCUGAAUAAGAACAAUAUGAGGGGUGAUCAGUUGGUUCGUGUGCAAGUUGAAAUCCCUAAAAGACUGAGCAAUGAUGAGAGAAAACUUAUUGAGGAACUUGCUGAUUUAAGCAAAGGCAAGACUGCCACCGGUAGGAGAUAGUACCUUGUGUAUCUAUCUAUACGUCUUUCUGCUUCCGCAAAUAUUAUCUUUCACAGAUGCAUCAUUCUUGACUACACAUUUACUGAGGACAACUUAGCAGCUAUUGAACUCUGGGAGGGUUUAAAUUGUGUUGGUGGUGGUUGUUUAUUUGUCCUUGGAAACACAUGGACAUGAAGAGCAGAAGAAAUUAGAUAUCUUUUUCUUUGUUGGAACUUAUAUGCUUCUUGUAAUUUAUUUUGGGGGCGGGGUGGGGUGAUAUUGAAUUAUGCUUUAGGUACAA